ACAUAUAGUUCUUCUGAAUAUCUCAGGCUGAGGAGCGAGAACUAUCAACUGUAUACCAGUCAAUAAACAUGUCUGAAUGAAUAAUUACAGGAUCGAAGGAUAUUACGUCUACAGGCUUUCAGAAACGCUGUGAACAUGGCAAAGACUUGUGUUCUUUUUGGUGCCAUGAUCGCAGCAUCUUGUUUUCUCCUGAGUGCAUCACAAAAAACAGAAUGCACACAGGAGGCUGUGGCUGAUAUUGUCUUCCUGGUUGAUGGCUCCUGGAGUAUUGGAUCAGAGAACUUCCAGCGUAUCCGGGAGUUCCUCCACAGUCUGGUAGCCAGCUUUGAUGUGGCUCCAGAUCAUGUCCGCAUUGGCCUGGCGCAAUACAGCAACACCCCCCGCACAGAGUUUAACCUUAACACCUAUCAGAAUAAACAAGAGAUUCUCGAGUACAUUGACAAGCUGCCGUACCAGGGUGGCGGUACAAUGACUGGCAAGGGACUGGACUUCAUUCUGAAGGAGCACUUUGUGCAAAGAGCAGGAAGCCGUGCCGGAGAGAAUGUGCCCCAGAUUGCUGUGGUCAUCACAGAUGGCCAGUCACAGGACAACGUUGAACCACAUGCCAAGGACCUGAAGAAUCAGGGCAUCACCAUUUACGCCAUCGGCAUCAAAGAUGCGGACGAGGAGCAGCUAAAGGAGAUUGCCACCGAGCCCCAUGACCAGCAUGUGUACAGCGUCUCUGAUUUCAGUGCUCUUCAGGGCAUCUCUCAGAACAUCGUCCAGGUGCUGUGUACCACCGUGGAGGAGGCCAAACGGCAGACCAUACAGGUUCCUACAGAUUGUCAACAGGCAACUGUUGCUGACAUUGUGUUCCUUGUGGAUGGCUCAAGUAGCAUUGGUGUGGAUAGCUUUAAUCAGAUGAAGCAAUUCCUUCAAUCAUUUGUGAGUGGACUUACUGUGGCAUCAGACAAAGUGCGCAUAGGCCUAGCUCAGUUCACUGAUGACACGUACCAGGAGUUCCUGCUGAAGGAUCAUGACAACGUCAGAGAUGUACUUAAUAAAAUUGCCCAGCUCCAGUUCCGUCAAGGAGGAACUUAUUUGGGAAAGGGCCUCACCUUCCUUCACGAUAAGUACUUUACCCCAGACGGAGGCAGCCGAGCUAACGUCCCAAAGAUUGCCAUUGUGAUCACAGACGGUGAAUCCUCUGAUGACGUGGCAGGACCAGCCCUAAUGUUGCGGAGAAUGGGGAUUGUCAUCUACGCCAUUGGUGUUGGCAACUAUGAUGCCAAACAGCUGCAAUCUGUUGCCAACAAACCUAGUAAGCGCUUCUUGGUAGGCAUCAACAACUACCAGGAGCUGCAGAAUGUAAUAGACAGUAUGCAGAAAACCGUUUGCACCGCUGUGAAUAUCCAAACAGAGGAUCUAACACCAAAAUAUGCUGAUAUUUUCUUCCUUGUGGACAGUUCGGCUCAGUCACAGAUUCAGGUCAUAAAACAAAUGCUUAUUCGACUUUCUAAUCAACUCAACAUAAACAUAGACGGCAAUCGAAUGGGCCUGGCUCAGUUUGGUGAUACUGUCAAAGUGGAUUUCAAGAUGAACCAGUUCACCGCAAGAUCUGAUAUCGUGGAAUAUUUGAAAAGAUGGAGAUUGACGGGAAGUCGGACGCGUAACACUGGAGAGGCAAUAACCUAUGCCCGCCAUAAUUUUUUCACUUCGGAGAAUGGAGCCCGUGGAUUUAAACCCUAUUUGGUGCUCAUAACAUCAGGGAAAUCAGAUGAUAAUAUGAUCAAAGCGUCACGAGUUAUUAAAGCACAAGGCGUGACUUUACUUACUGUUGGGCUUGGCCAAGCUGACAGAGUGGAGCUUCAGACCAUUGCAACAGACCCUUAUAUCUAUUUUGGACAAUCAACUCAACAGACGAUAACAGACAUCAAGGCUGCUGUUGACGAGACUGCUGAUGCCACUGUUAAAACUGAGUGUACAACAGCCAAAGUAGCAGACAUUGUGUUCAUUGUGGAUGAAUCCAGCAGCAUUAAUCAUGCUUCAGUAAACAACUUCCAGCUGAUGCGGGCAUUCAUGGCAAGAAUCCUCAAAGACCUUGAUAUCAGCUCAAAGGGUGUGAGGGUGGGCUUAGCCACUUACAGCGAUGACCCUCGACCCGAGUUCUACUUGAACACAUAUGAUAAUAAAUUCGAUACUUUGCAGAGCAUAAAGCUGCUACCAUACCAUGGGGGCAAUACAUACACAGGGAAAGCUCUGACAUUUGCAAUGAACAACAUGUUUACCAAGGAGAGGGGCAGCCGGCGUGACAGUGGUGUGCAACAGAUUGCUGUAAUAAUCACAGACGGUGUGUCUCACGAUAACGUCAGUGGUCCAGCUCUGAAAUUGCGUGAUUUAGGAGUUAAAGUCUAUGCAGUGGGUAUUAAAAAUGCAUCUAUGAAUGAACUGCGAAAGAUAGCCACUGACCCAGUUAGGAACUAUGUGGUAUCCAUUGAUGAUUUUGUGAAACUUAAGUCAAUGGAAGCAAAUCUGACUAAAAGAAUUUGCCGUGAGAUUACGAAACCACCCACACCACCACCCAAGGAAAAAGACUGUGUCCAAACAGAGGAAGCAGAUUUCUUUUUUUUGAUUGACCACUCAUCCAGCAUUGCCUAUGAGGAUUUUGACCGAAUGAAAACGUUUGUUUUGGAAUUCAUACGGAUGUUUCCUAUUGGACCAAAACAGGUACGUGUUGGUCUGGCAAAGUUCUCAACCAGUCCUAGCCUGGAGUUCAACCUGGCCGAUUACACAGACAAAAAGUCUUUGGAGAAGGCUAUGGAUGCUGUCGAACAAACUGGAGGUGACACUUAUACAGGUGCCGCUUUAAAUUUUAUGAGCCCGUAUUUUGACGAGGCUGAAAAGAGUCGUGGGGGUAAGGUACCCAGGUACCUCAUUGUAAUAACAGAUGGGGAGUCACAUGACAAUGAAGUUGUGAAAAGGGCAGCAAAGAGAUUACGCCAACAGGACAUCACCAUUUAUGCCAUUGGGGUGAAGGAUGCCAAUAACGCCGAGCUGCUGGACAUUUGCGGUGAUCCGAAGAGGAGGUUCUUGGUCAAUGACUUUGAUGCACUUAGACCACUGAAGAAUGAUAUCGUGACACAAAUAUGCACUGAAGCAGCAUGCAAGGAAAUGCUGGCUGAUGUCAUAUUUCUGGUGGACAGUUCUGGAAGCAUUCACCCUGCAGACUUCCUCAUGAUGAAGGCUUUCAUCAACAACACAAUUACGCGGUCGGUCAUUGGGCCAGACUCUGUGCGCAUGGGGUUGCUGCAGUUCAGCACCGUCCAGAAGGAGGAGUUUUCUCUUGACAGCCCCCAAACCCAAACUGACCUUGUGCAGAAAGUGAACUCCAUGAAGCAACUGGGUGGGGGAACUCUGACUGGUCAAGCUCUCAGCUUUACCUCCCAGUACUUUGACACCUCAAGGGGCGGGCGCCUCAAUGUCCCAAAGAUCCUGAUCGUCAUCACAGAUGGUGAAGCCCAAGAUGCCGUUAAGUUGCCUGCGCAGGCUCUGAGGGACAAAAAUAUUAUCAUCUACUCCAUUGGUGUGGACAGCGCCAAUAUAACCCAGCUGAAUGAAAUCAGUGGCAUCACAGACAGGGUGUAUACAGAGAGAGACUUUGAUGGCCUCAAGUUUUUGGAGGAUAAGAUCUUCUAUAAGAUCUGUCAUCCUGACACUAAUUGCACAAGGACAGAGGUGGCAGACAUGAUCUUCCUUGUUGAUGGCUCCAGCAGUAUUAGUGCGGAUCAAUACAAGAGCAUGCAACGCUUUAUGACCUCACUUGUGAAUAGCACGAAUGUUGGAAAGAACCUGGUCCGGUUUGGUGCCAUCGUCUACUCGGACGACGCAGAGUCCAUGUUCACUCUGAAUCAGUACACUACCGCAAAGGAGGUACGAACGGCCAUAACAACCAUUAGAAAACCAGGUGGAAACACUUACACAGGUGCUGCGCUUCGCUACACACUGGACUACUUUGGAAAACAACAUGGUGGCCGUCGCGAGCAGGACGUAACUCAGAUCCUUUUCAUCAUUACUGAUGGAGCAGCCACAGAUCCUGUUUUACUGCCUGUGUGGUCGAAAGAGAUCCUGAGUUAUGGGAUCAUGAUAUAUGCCAUUGGUGUGGGAGGGGCCAAAGAGAGUGAGCUUAAGAUCAUGACUGGAGGAGACAGAAGAAGGGUGUUUUAUGUGAGUGACUAUGAUGCUUUGGAGGUCGCGCACAAGAACAUCUCCAGUGAGCUUUGUAAAGACAUCAAACCACCAUGUGAGAAAAAGGAGGUAGACCUGGUCAUGUUGACGGACAGCUCCGGCAGCAUCAGUGCCACUGACUUUACCAUCAUGAAGACGUUUAUGAAAAAGAUGGUGAGCAGCUUCUACAUCAAACCAGAGGCUGUGCAGGUGGCCCUAGCCCAGUUCAGCGCUUUCCCCAAGAAAGAGUUCCACCUCAACGAGGUUGACAGUGAAGCCACAGCACAUGCUAAAAUUGAUGCCAUUGAUCAAAUUGGACAAGGCACAUAUAUCGGAAGGGCCCUUGAGUUCACCAGGAAGCGGUUCUUCCAGACAGCAAAUGGCAGCCGGAAAAACAAGGGUGUCUCACAGAACCUUAUUGUGAUUACCGAUGGCGACUCACAGGAUGAAGUGAAAGAAGAGGCAAUGUUGCUCAGAGCCAUGCACGUUGAUGUGUAUGUCAUUGGAGUGGGCAAUAUCCACAGGGAUGAGCUGAUUCAGAUUGCUGGCACUGCAGAGAGGGUCUUCAUCGUGAACGACUUUCGUGUCCUUGAACAAAUCAAGUCAAAAGUGGUGGAAACUGUUUGCAGGCCACUAGCAACCUCGCCCUUCAUUUGCUCUGUGGACAUCGGCAUUGGGUUUGAUAUUUCCAACAGGCCCAAACCAUCACUAUUCAGUACACAAGUGAAACUGCAGAAUUACCUACUUGAGAUUGCUGAACGCAUCCCCUCACUACCCAACCUGUGUUGUGCACAGGGCCAAACUAUCGAGGCACACAUCGGCUUCCGUCUAGUCUCUAAAGAGGGCAAGGUGCUAGAUAAAUUCAACUUUGAAACAGUCAGCAAAGAUGUGAUGACAAAGGUGCUGGCGUUGCAGACAGUAGAGGACCUGGCCUUCAAUGCACAGCUGCUGAGGUCCUUUAAAGAUAUGUUCAGCACUUCAACUGCUGGUGUGAAGGUGCUGAUCAUCUUCACUGAUGGGCUUGAUGAUCCCGUUGAGAUGCUUCAGAUAGAGUCUGAAUCUCUGAGAAAUAGCGAUGUCCACGCACUUCUGGCGGUGGCUUUGGAUGGAGCCACAAAUGCCCACGAGCUGGAGCUGGUUGAGUUUGGGCGAGGAUUUGGCUAUAAGCAACCUCUUGCCAUCGGAAUGCAUAAUGUGGAAAGUGCCAUACUGAAACAAAUUGAUACAGCUACAGAGAGAGUGUGCUGUGGUGUGAUGUGUAAGUGCAGUGGUCCAGACGGAAUGCGAGGACCACGAGGACCGCCAGGCCAAAAGGGCCCUCCAGGCACAAAGGGUCAUGCAGGAUAUCCCGGAGAAGAGGGUGGUCCUGGAGAAAGAGGCCCUCCAGGUCCAAAUGGAACUCAAGGAGUGCAAGGGUGCCCUGGGAGAAGAGGCAUAAAGGGAGGAAGGGGCUACAGAGGUGAUACAGGAGAAGAUGGAGAACAUGGACUGGAUGGAGUUAAUGGUGAACAGGGUGUCACUGGUGUGGCUGGUGCUUCUGGAGAGAGAGGAGAGCCUGGCAGCCCAGGUCGCCGUGGUAUUAGAGGGGACCCUGGUGUCAAGGGACAGAGUGGUCUGAGAGGAGAUCCUGGAGAGCCUGGGACAGACAACACUAUAGCAGGCCAAAAAGGAGAGAAUGGACACAGAGGAAUGCAGGGAGAAGCAGGACCGGACGGUUCGCCAGGGAGACCAGGGGAUGCUGGAAACACAGGCCCUCAAGGGAGAAGAGGUAACCCAGGUGUCAAGGGAUCAAUUGGAGAUCCGGGAGAUAUUGGAAUCCAGGGCAGCCCUGGGCCAUCAGGCGCUCAGGGGCCAAGAGGUCCUAUCGGUCUAAUAGGGCCAAGUGGCAGUUCUGGUUUACCUGGACCUCAGGGACGACCAGGAACUACAGGUCCCAAAGGAUCUCCAGGAGGUGCAGGAUCAAAGGGACAGAAAGGUCAACAAGGAGAUUCUGGAAUCAAAGGAGGGAUUGGAUCUGCAGGCCCCAGAGGACCCCCGGGGCUUGAUGGGAGAGAUGGCUACGGACCUCCAGGACCCAAAGGACUGAAGGGCGAGUCAGGCUUUCCAGGUUAUCCAGGACUACAAGGAGAGGAUGGUACUAAAGGUAAAAGUGGAGGUCCUGGAGUCAAAGGAAACAGGGGGCGAGGGGGCAAUGCUGGCAAUAGUGGUCUGCCAGGUGACCCUGGAACUACUGGACCAACUGGACACAGGGGCUCCAGAGGAGCUCCCGGACCCAGACAGAUGAGUGACUGCGAACUAAUCAACUAUGUGCGGGACAACUGUGCUUGUGCCUCAGGUCUGAUAGAGUGCCCAGCCUACCCCACUGAGCUGGUGAUAGCCCUCGACAUGUCUGAGGAUGUGACCCCUGAGGUGUUUGAAAGGAUGCGCGCCAUUGUCCAUCACUUACUGGAGGACAUGUCCAUUGCUGAGAGCAACUGCCCUAGGGGCGCCCGGGUGGCAAUUGUGUCCUUCAGCUCCAGUGUGAAGUACCUGGUCCGGUUCUCAGACUACCAUCGUAAGAAGCACCUCAUCGAAGAGGUGAAUAACAUUGCCCUGGAACGCACCUCCAACCGCCGCAACAUUGGGACAGCCAUGCGCUUCGUGGCCAGACAUGUCUUUAAGCGCACACGAAAGGGUCUGCUCAUGCGGAAGGUGGCUGUCUUCGUCACCAAUGGAGCCUCCCAGGAUAUCAAGGCAAUUAACACUGCUGUCCUGGAAUUCAAAGCCCACGACAUUCACCCUGCUGUCAUCUCCUUCAGGAAUGCCCCUAAUGUCCGAAGCGCUUUCGAGGCUGAUGAAACCCAAAGUUUUAUACUGAGCCUGGUGGAGAGUGGUCAAGAACGCCAGCAGAUAAGUGAUGUUAAAAAGUGUAUAAUAUGCUACGAUCCUUGUAAAAGAGACGCAAGUUGUUCCAAUAUGAACAAGACUCCAGCUCCUGUUCAAGUAAACCUAGAUCUGGCUGUGUUGGUGGACGGGUCACGCAAUGUGCAAGCAGACCAGUAUGAGGGUGUGAAAGAGCUGCUAGGUUCAGUGGUAGAGCAGAUCGCUGUGAGCAGCCAGCCAUCCAGGUCUGAUGGUCAGGCCAGAGUUGCCUUGUAUCAACCAGUUCCCAGCUCAUACAGACCCACAGCAGAACAAGUUCCUGUCCAAGAGGAGUUUGACUUUACGAGUUUUCAGGACAGCAGUGCAAUGAAAAAACACAUUUUCCAGAGCAUGCAGCAGCUUGGUGGGUCCUAUGGGCUGGGAUAUGCAGUGGAGUGGGUCAUCACAAGAGGCCUCCUGACGGCCGUAAAGUCACGUAAGAACAGAAUGGUUCUUGCCAUUAUUGGUGGGGAAACGAGCUAUUGGGAUAGAGCCCAGCUUGAAUAUGCCUCCAAAUUAGCAAGAUGUCAGGGUGUGGUGCUGUUCACACUGACUGUUGGGGACACCUUCAACACCACACAAGUGGAGGAGCUGGCCAGCCUACCCUUGGAGCAACAUAUGGUCCAUCUGGGAGAGGUGAAGCAAGGAGAGCAGGAAUAUGCCAAGCGCUUCUUGCGAACCUUCCUGAGCUUCGUUAAGAGGGAGGUGAACACAUACCCUUCUGCAACUAUCAAGCAGAUGUGUCGGGAUUUCCAGCAACAAAACCAAGGGAGUGUUCUUGAAGCUGCAGAACGCCCUCUUGAAAAGGUCCCUUGGCCAACAUCCACUGGCACUACGGAAGUUGUGGAAGAAUUCACAGAGGAGGUAGAAGAGUAUACUGAGCAGACAGGCCUGGACCAGACACGGAACACCCAAACAAAGGAUGGGGGUCAGCAGGCCAUUGGGCGCGGAGACACUGAUGCUCAGUGUGAACUCAGUGUGGAUGCCGGCAGAUUUUGUGGAAAGUAUGAGCAGAGGUGGUAUUAUAAUACAGAGAUCGGUGCAUGCUCGCUCUUCUGGUACGGUGGUUGUGAUGGUAACAGCAACCGGUUUAACACGGAAAGUGAAUGCUUCGACACAUGCAGUCAAUACAACGUAGAUGUACUUCAACAGAAAGAGGAUGCAACCGUAGUGCAAGACGUGUGCAACCUCAGGCAAGAUGAGGGUAGCUGUCGAGAGUAUGCUCUGAAGUGGUAUUACGACACAGUGCAAAAUGAAUGCCUCCAAUUCUGGUAUGGUGGGUGUGAUGGCAACGGAAACCGUUUCGAAACCAAAACAGACUGCGAGGCUCAUUGUGUGAAGGCGCGUUAAUGGGAAAAGAAUGAAAAUAAUUUGAGGACUCACACACAUUUUGUUAUAGAGCUUAUCUAAAUACUGUUACAAGUGGUGCAGUACCAAGUAUGUAUAGUUUUGAUUGGUCAUUUUUAGUGAACCAUUUAUUGGGACCAUGGGAAUUUUUACUGCACAUGUCUAAGGGCUAAGCUACACCAGGCAUGUAACUGAAGUAUUCUGUUCGUGUUGGGUCUGCUGCAACAAUUAGCUUCCACUAUAAUCAAUGGAAGUAGCUACACCAUACGUGAUAGUGGCGCGUACUGUACGUAAAAGAAAAAUAGACCAUUCUUCUAAAAUGGAUUUUACGUGUCACGAACGGAACGCUUCAGUUACGCGCCUGGUGUAGCUUCCCUGUAAGUGACAAGUAAAUAUUUUUCCACAUCUACACCUACUUCUGCACCAACAAGAUGUUGGAUCUCUAAGCUGUUAAACAAAUAAUAAUAAUAAAAAAACAUCAUGAAAGGCUAUUCAUCACCAUUCAACUCUAACAGUGGCAAGCAUGAUGGUAAACUCAUGUUUAAAACAAUUUACGAAUGUAAUUUUAUAGAGCUUUUCCUAGUGUCUCCAAAGUGUUAGCUGUCUUCACUUUGCACUGACAGCGUUCCAUAACUGUGCUAUUGUAAUUUUUGUGGUUAUCUGGAACAUAAAAAGUACUUUUGUAAAGAUUUGAGCAAAACAGUUAAAAUGUACAUGAAUACACAUUACUCUAAACUGGAGUAUGGCCAUUGCUGAUUGGAAAUGACAUAGUAUUGUUGUAUCAAGUAUUUUUGAUAUCAAAGAUCAACAUAAUAUUGACAAAGUGACACUAUCUUAAAGUUGAAUUUCAGCUGGUGCUGUUUUUUUUUACGAGAAAUGUCUGACGUGUGACUGUUGCCAUAAUUUCCUGACUGUUACCACAUUCAACCUAGAUGUAAUAACAUAACGUUGUAUCAACAAAAUUUGUAUGAAUUUAUCAAAUAAAAUGUCAACUUGAACAAAACCAUUACAAGCAGUUGUCAUUAGGACUUAAAUGUUAAAGGGCUGUUCGCACCAAAAAACAAUAACUAUAACGAUAAGGGGAAAGAAGUAUUGCUAUCUAAUGACAAUGUCCCACACAUAUAAUAUAACUGUAAAGACAUGAAGAACAACAUCAUUGUUUCAGAGUGAUUAAGAUCAAUAAAAAGCUGACAGUCAAUCAGAAUCCAUCAAAUUUUAGGUAUCACAUUCAUCAACAUAAGGAUAGACUUUUCUUAUUGUUGGUUAGUGUGGACGCUUGUAUCAUAGUUACAGUUAUCUUUAUAGUUAUUGCUCCUGGUGUGAACACCCCUUAUAGGUUUGGAAUUUGUGGAAGUCUGAAAAUGAGUAAGGACAAUUUCAUCUUGUGAGUCGUUUAUACAUUUGAUGCUGAUUGAUCUGAUGCUUGAUAUAAAAAAAAAAAAGAAUUAAAGAAAAAUACAGAAU